AUGGCAUCUGCAUCGACGAGUGUAGCGGGCGCGGGCACCAACGGUCGACCCGUUGUGUUUAUGGACAUCUCCAUCGGCGAACACCCGGCAGGCCGCAUCAAGUUCGAGCUGUAUUCCGACAUCGUCCCGCGGACGUGCGAGAACUUCCGUCAGCUGUGUACGGGCGAGUUCCGACCCAACCACACACCCGAAGGGUACAAGAACGUCAUCUUCCAUCGCAUCAUCAAGGACUUUAUGUGCCAAGGUGGAGACUACAUCAACGCAGACGGCACCGGAUCGCGCUCCAUCUACGGCGACACUUUCGAAGACGAGAACUUCAGCCUCAAGCACGACCAGCCCGGUCUGCUCAGCAUGGCCAACUCGGGGCCAGGUACCAACGGAUGUCAGUUCUUCAUCACCGCUCAACCGUGCCCCUUUCUGGACGGGAAACACGUCGUGUUUGGCAAGAUCGUAGAUGGCCUCUUGACGUUGAGGAAGAUGGAGAAUGUUCCGACGGGCGCAAACAACCGACCCAAGAUGGACGUCAGGAUCACACAAUGCGGCGAGAUGUAG